AAAGACAAAGCUCCCAUAUCACGUGACGUGCGAGAAGGAUUGUAUUCUAGUUUUGCUUACGUUAUGUCAAAGAUAACAUGUGGCAUGCCUCCAGAGGUUAUAGUAUGUCUUGCCUAUAUCGUUCCCGUUUACUCCAUAGCUGGCUUCGAAUCUGAUUCCAGAGUUAAUGUCUUUGGCAUAUACAUUGGCUAUAUGCUCUUAUACUUAUUAGCCAUACGUAUGCUCUCCUUGGCUCUUGGGUGGUUAUUUUCCUCGCACCACCUAGCGGCAGGAUGUGCUGGCUUCAUUCUGACUUUAAGUGCAACCACGGCUGGAUACACCGUCCACUUCACUGACUUAUCAACUGUGUUCUCCUGGUUCCAGUGGGUGUCGCCUAUGCGAUGGAUGAUGGAACAAGUUGUGGUUUGGGAAUUCUUUGGAAAGAACGAUGCUGAUGAAGAUGAGACUAAGUACUUAUGUAAUCGCAAUCCCGUGGUGCAACAAAAAAAUAAUCUACUUGUGAAGGCUGGAUGUGGAAUAUUAAAUGAUGCCCAUGCACUACGUUUACAUGAUUACCAUGCCACGUGGCCGCAGUACCAACCAAUAGUUAUUACCCUUGCCUUUUACUUGUUUUGGUUCCUGGUUGGGUUAUUCGCCUUAAUUUUCAUUCAUCAACAACCAAACCGAUCCAAUAGAUCUUCAGUCAGCUAAUGUUGUCUCACGAUAUUCAUCAAGCUGGUCAUGUGUGUCUCCUUGUCUAUUAAAAUGAACAUGGAAAGAACUUGGAACUCGAUACUUCCUUAUCAAAGAACGUCUUUUUCUGUUUACAAAGGUGUUUUUAUUGGCCACAUGCAACUCUCGAAACAAAGAACUUCUCUUUUCUGUUUACAAAGGUGUUUUUAUUGGCCACAUGCAACUCUCGAAACAAAGAACUUCUCUUUCUGUUUACAAAGGUGUUUUUAUUGGCCACAUGCAACUCUCGAAACAAAGAACUUCUCUUUCUGUUUACAAAGGUGUUUUUAUUGGCCACAUGCAACUCUCGAAACAAAGAACUUCUCUUUCUGUUUACAAAGGUGUUUUUAUUGGCCACAUGCAACUCUCGAAACAAAGAACGUCUUUUUCUGUUUACAAAGGUGUUUUUAUUGGCCACUUGCAACUCUCGAAACAAAGAACGUCUUUUUCUGUUUACAAAGGUGUUUUUAUUGGCCACUUGCAACUCUCGAAAGGAAAACGAAUUACAUAUUUCUUUAUUACGAGUUUGUACCAAAUAGAACAAAUUGAGCAUAUUCAAAUUAUAUUCCUUCUACUGUACAAAAAUAACUUUUAACAUCAUGCCAGAAAUUGAUAAUUGUUUAUGAAUAUCGUAAGUGUUCAUUAAAAGAUUAGCGAAACGCUAAAACUGAAAUAUCUGGCAUUUUGAACACUCAUUUAGCGCGUUUUAAUGGCUGUUUAAUAAACUUCGUAUACGAGACAUUGUACCAAAAGACCUUCGAAUUUCCCAAUGAAUUUUAUGUGACGAUUGUAUGUUUGCGUCAACAACUUAAUAUGGCACUCCAUCUUGUUAUUAUCUAUAAGUAGGUAUAAUCUGUUUCCUCUGUUCUAAUAAUAUUACAAAACUAGGUUCGGUUGUUCCAUCGGGAUUCUGUUGGUGAGAGCGAAAACCUUAAUUCAGCUUUUUAUAAUUUUGCAUGACAUUUUUUGAAAUUUAACCUAUUCACUUUAAAAUAAAACAAUAUUGCAGAUCAAACCAACUGUGUACAAUUUGCACUGCUGGAAUUUAUAUAUAUGUUGCUAUUAAAGUUGACAAGAGUUCUUUCAGUAAGAUUGCUUGUGUAAUAGUGAUCAGAUGUAAUUUGUAUUAUUUUAAAUUAUAUAUAUAUACUGCCAACAUUU